CACCCUAGCUUUUAUUUUUUCAUUAAUAAGUAGUGUUAAGUUUUUUGUAAAUAUAAUAGAUUAGGUUUUAUCAUUAGUAUAAAAAUAUAUUUAAAUUGUGCUUUAGGCCAGCCUAAGCUAUGGGACGGGACUGCUCUUUACAUGCCGAAAUUGUAAGAGGAAUAAGAAACAAAAUGUUAAAAUUCAAGGUCUUUUGGACCAUUUGUGUAAUCUGCUAUUUGGAACCAUCUGUGUGGAAGAGUUAGAAGACCUCCAAAACAAUUAUGACAAUGGAGAGUUACUCAAGAACGUGCACAAAAUGAAAUUACUAAUUUGAUUAGCCCAUUAUGAGAAUUUGGGCUAGCCCAUUAUGAGAAUUUGGGCUAGCCCAUUAUAUAAGUUGAUCUGGGCCCACAUCCGUAUUCACUCAGUGAGCGGCAGCAGAGUCUCAUCAAAUCAAACUGAUUUUCAAGUUAAAAAAAAAAAAAAAAACUCAGAUCUUUCUUCUCCUCAAAUCUCUCCGUUUCAAUUUAUUUGAAUUCUCCUUUCUUCUUCAGUAGCCAAGAAGCAAAAUCACGUACAUACUUGGUACCGAAGCUAGGGGUUUACUGUUAGCCAAAGACACUGUGGAUUUUCACCAUCAGAAAUGGGAGAGAGCUUCGAUAUUCAAAAUCUAAUCUCCUUCGGAGACGAUCUGAUCAGCUUGCUGAAUUCCAAAAACGGGUUCGACGUCGUAUCGCAAAGCUUCGACCACUCAGAAGCUCUCCACUUCGCUUGCGACGAGGAUUUCAAUCAGAUUCAGGAAUCUAUCAAAGAUUGUAAGAAGAAAACAGAGGAAGCUUAUUCAGAUGAAUCAGCUCGAGACGACGAGAUUGAGCGUCUUCAGAGAGACCUUGAUGAAGAUAUGGAGCUAGAACGCAAGAUAAAUGACGAGCUUAGAGUCGUUGCUGAUGAACUCAAAGACCUGAAGGCCCAAUGGGCUUCCACUGAUGAAAAGAGGCAGUCUUUAAAGAGAAAAGAGCGUGACGACUUGAGAGCUGAGAAGAAGCUUUCUAUGUAUGCGUGUGUCACAAAGGUUAUACCAGAAGCAGACGUUAAUGAUCCAUUCAAGAUCUCAGCCUAUAUGGUAGAUCGCGAGAAAAGAGUUGAGAAGUUCCAAUUAGAGACAAAUGAGAUGUCGGCCUAUGAGUCAUGUAACAGUAUCUGGAGCAUCAUAAUAAACAAGCAAUAGAUAGAGCACGUGUGCAUUUGUUUGAUGUGUUUGUCUGAACAGUCUUGGUUUUUAGCUUAGCAACCAGUGACCUUAGAUGUAGAAACCUUUCCUGCUUAGCUUGCGUUGGCCUUUUUGUAAUUUUGAUUACGAAUCUUCUUCUCCUGUAAUAUUAUUCUAGUUUAUCCAUUGAACUAUUGAACCUGCUAGUGUCUCUCCA